ACUGGUAAACAAAGAUGGCGGUGCAGUGUCCAGCGUCCUGUGUGUUGUCAGUAUAUUGUUGGUUUUAAAAUGAUUUGUAUUCUUAAUCAGUUGCGUAAACAUUCGCGUGUGUAGUGUCUCUGUCGCCUGGUUUGGACUGUAGUGAGCGUGGCGUUUCAAAAUGAGCGGCUGGGCCGGUUUUUCUGACGAUGAACUGCGGAGGUUGCAGCAGAAAGAAUCUGCAGGGCUCGCAGCGGCAGCCCGCGGUCGGAAGCCGGCUUCAGCUAACCGCAGUCGGCAACAGCUACAGCGGGAGAGGGCUCUUCAUCUCGCCUCUCAGAAAAACAUAGUCGAUGGGGGUCACGUCCUUCCACCAGAGCAGCAGCUCACGAAGCCGCCACCGAAAGAAGAGCCCCGGCCCGCGGCUCCAGCAAGAGCUCCGGCCGUGAGACUCGAUGCGCAGCCGAAGAUCUGCGAGGUGAAGCCGAGCAAAGACCACCAACCGGCCGCUGAGGAGCAGACCCCACUUGUCAAAGAACUGGAGAAACAAGAGGUGGAACUACGGGAGAAGACACGUCUGGAGCAACUGCAGCAUGAGCAAAAAACGAUGGAGGAAAAUAAUAAGCGCAAGAAAGCUCUUCUGGCAAAAACUAUUGCACAGAUGUCCAAACAGACGCAGGCAGAAGCGGUGAAACUAAAGAGAAUCCAGAAGGAGCUCCAGGCCCUCGAUGACAUGGUGUCCAACGAUAUCGGCAUCCUGAGAGGAAGGAUAGAACAAGCCAGCUGGGACUACACUGCAGCCAGGAAGCGCUAUGAGAAGGCGGAGGCCGAGUAUGUGAUGGCCAAACUUGACCUGCACAAGAAGACGGAGGUGAAGGAGCAGCUGACCGAGCACCUCUGCGCCAUCAUCCAGCAGAAUGAGCUGCGCAAAGCCCGCAAACUGGAGGAGCUGAUGCAGCAGCUGCAACUUCAGGCCACAGAGGAGGAGCUGGAGAGGCAGAAACGGGAGGAGGAGGACGAGGAAGAGGACAGGAAGAAGAGGAGAAGCUGUGCGGAAGGGCAGCGAGACGGGGAGGAGGGAACCGGUUCAGUGGCGGACCAGGAGGGAGCAGUGCAAUCAACCAAAGACGGUAAACCUUCAGAGGGGGAGAGUGUGGAGGAGGAGGAGAGAGGAGGUGAGGAGCACAAAGCGAUGACUGAACCACCAAAGAGUGAGGAAAACUGUAAAACCGCUGGAAACGGUGCCGGCUGUGAGAGUGCGGCGUCCUGAUCUUCACUGAGCAGAGACAUUGUUUUCACCUGAUCUGUAAAACACGUGGACGUGAUGACACUGUACCAUCUUUGAUCUUGUCCUCUUUUGAAUGUAUGUCCCAUAAUAUGGUGCUUUCCAGAACCAGAGAAUAUUCACAUCAGAAAUCUUGUUUUAAUAAUGAAAAAAGCU